AUGCCUCUUGUGCUGGAUCCCGAGUUCGCCAAAGUGUUGGAGCCAUUGCUCCCCACCCUGGCAAAUGCCCCAAAGGUUGCUGUAGGAGAUGUCGUGGGAAGGCGCCAGGCGCUGGACACCUUCUUCGGCCCCGUGUACCACGCGUAUCCCGACCCAGACGAGGUCGCCGAGGAGAAACAUCACGUCAAGUCUAGCGACGGCUUCGAAGUCCCCAUCUAUCGCUUCAUCAAAAAGGGUGCGCCUACCACAGGCUCAGUAUCAGCCGUCUACUAUGUGCACGGCGGGGGGUACAUCGCCAUGGACGUGGCCAUCUACCGUAAGAAGAUCAAGGACCUUGUCUCCCGGUCCGGCGUCCAGAUCUUCACCCCAGAUUUCAGACUCGCGCCCGAAGCACCUUAUCCCCUCCCCAUCGAGGACAUCUGGGCCGGGUUACAGGAUUUGAGCCGCAACGCCACAAAAUACGGUGUUGACCCGGCCCGCAUUGCCAUCAUGGGCGACAGUGGCGGCGGCGGCCUCGCAGCGGGUCUUGGAUUGAAGGCCAGAGAUGAAGGUCUGAGCCCACCUCUGGCCAAGCAGAUCCUGGUGUAUCCCAUGGUGGACGAUCGCAACACCAAGCCCAUUAAAGCGCUGGAGCCAUUUGCAACCUGGACCAUCGAUGACAACAUCACUGGCUGGCAGGCAUACCUGAGCGGCAAAGCAGGCGCACCUGAUGUUCCGUACUACGCUGCGGCGGCACGCGUACAAUCGGUCGAAGGCCUCCCGCCGACUUACAUUGACGUGGGAGACUUGGAUAUAUUCCGUGACGAGGACAUCGAAUACGCCCGCCGUAUCGCGGCCGCCAAUAUCCAGACUGAGCUCCAUGUAUAUCCAGGUGUGCCCCACGGCUUUGAUCUGGUGGCGAAAGAUAUCUCUGCGACUGUGAAUGCAAUGGCGAACCGAGUUCGAGCGAUACAGUCGAUUUAA